CAGAACAAACAUAAGUAUAUACCUAUCCUUGCCACCAGUAUUCCAAACAAUCCAACUAUCAUGCCCUGCUCCUAUGCUCUAAGAAAAUUGGACAAAGGCAAGUACAUUGAGUUGUGGUACUUCACUAACAUUGAUGGCUUGGAUGAAGCCAGUCUGAAGAUCAUGAUCAAUGAU